AGCGGCCUUCUUAAUGUUGUUUGCAUUACAGACGGCGCGCUUCUUGAGCAUACUCACAUUCUCAAUACUUUUCUGCACACGUGACAUAUAUGUUGUUUACGAUCAAAGGUCAAGCGUGGAGUGAUGGAAAACUUUGUGUUGUACGAUGAAAUUGAAAAGACUAAUGAGCAAGUGAUUUAUAAAGCCAGGCGAAAAGGGACCAUUAAAUAUUUAGCUGUCGCUUGUACUGAAAAACACAAAAGGCCGGUUAUAUCUAACCAUGUUAGGGUAUCCCAUGAGUUGAAACACAAAAAUGUACUUCAGUUCUAUGAAUGGUAUGAGACAAGCAAUCAUUUGUGGCUUGUGAUGGAGUUGUGUACAGGUGGAAGCCUUGAGCAAGUAAUUAAGGAAGAUCGAUUCCUAAGCGAAAAUGUAGUUAGAAAGUUCGGAGCAGACAUAGUUCGUGGUUUGCAAUAUGUCCAUUCAAGGGGUGUAGUUUUCAACCGCCUGUUACCUUCUCGUUUCUUGCUAGAUGGCAACGGAACUGUCAAGUUAUUUGACUUCUCUUUGGCACACGCAGAAGAUGAAAUCUUGGAUGAUCUUUUAGUUCAGUUUUGUGAGGAAGAUGAUUAUAAUCAGGGUGAUUUUCUUCGCAGUCUUAGUGUGCAUUCAGGAUACGAUUCACCCGAAACUAUAUCCCAGUAUGAGAACUCAAAAUCAUCAGACUACUGGGGCCUUGGUUGUUUGUUCUAUAACAUGUUUUUCGGACACCCCCCAUUUUCCGGUGAAUCACAAGAAGAGCUGGAUAAAAAUAUUUUAAAUCGUGAACCGAAUUACUCAAAUCCUAAUGUUAGCAUUCCACCAUCUCCAAUUUUCAAGUCCCUUUUAACUUUACUUUUGACCAAAUCUUCUUCUAAAAGAAUAAGUGAAAAUGAUUUAAUUAAACAUCCAUUUUGGCAUCAAAGAAUUUCUGUUACAGAUUCCAUUAAUCUAGUUGAAGAUAAGAAUGGUUUGAAUCAGGCUUCUGUAGAUAAAAAGCAAAUUGAAUCAGAAUGUUAUUUGAACGGUAAGACAAAUUCAACAACUAUUACAUCUUUUCCAUCAAAGAACAGUGAAGAUACACCAAAAUUAUCUCAUUACAAUGAAAAGUCAAUGAAUACAGCAGAAGGAAAUGAAAAGCCAGAAUCGUUUGACUCAGCUAUUUCCAAUUCUGAUGCUUCACUGUCUUCAAUGGCACCAGUAAGUGAUAAUGAACACACUAUUAGUGUGGUUACAAUUCCUACACAUAAUAACACCGAUGGUAAUCACCACCAUCUCGAUCAACAACAUUCUAUUACUACUGAUACUAUUGUUACUACUACUAUUACUACUACUGAUACUACUACUACUACUACUACUACUACUGUUACUACUACUAUUACUACUCCUAGUAAUAAUGACAAUAAUAAUAAAUUAGAUUUACUAUGUCAAAAGUUAAAUGAUCAUUUUAUAACUUCAAAUGACCAAUCUGUUGUGAAUAAUUCAAAUAAUUUGGAUAAAUCUAAAAUGAAGAAAAACUCAUUUUCUUCUAACGAUAGAAUGGUUCAAAGUGAAUAUCAUACAUCCACGUCAAAUUUGUCUCAAACGCAAGAAGAAAUCUCCAAAAAUAUUUUCAAUUUAACUAGACAUACUUCAUUUGUGAAUAAUGACGAAAAGAAUUACACAAUUGAUUUAGAUUCAGUGGAAAUGUCAACUUGUAAAUCACUUCAUUUAAGAGCAAAUCUUGCUCUCAUUUAUCCAUGGGGUGAUGAUUCUAUCAGCUUUCCUCGAGAAACAAAAUCAGUCGCUGAACUAUGGAGUUUAUUCACUAACAAUAAUAAUAAUAGUCCUAUUAUUAGUGAUUCAGAUCAAAAGAAAAUCGUUAAUGGACAUGUUUUAAAUUCACAUUUUCAAAAUAUAUGGAAACCUAAACCAUUAAGUGACUAUUUACGUUGGGGUCGUGUUAUGCCACCUACGAAAAUUGAAGGGCUGACACGAUUAUAUAAUCCAAUGUCAUUGAAUACUAUAUCGUUAGAAGAACUUGAACAACAUAUAUGCGAGGUUGUAAAUUUAUUUCGUACACGAAGUUUCGAAACUACUGAAACUUUAUCAAGUCGGUUGUCUACCAUUCGAGCAUCACCUAAUCGUACAGCAAUUAAAAGUUAUCGUACAAAUUUACUAGCUUAUUUAAUUUGGCUAAUGGCCAAAUCAAAUUCAAUUAAUAAUGGUAAACGUCGUUUAUCUGUUAUUAGUAUGGACACUCGUUCUUAUUUAACUGGAAUUCAACUGGGACCUGAUUUAUUGAUAGAAUUAACGAAACAACUACGAUCUGGUUCAGCUUUACCAAAUGAUGUGCGAACAGGAUUAUGUCGUUUGUGCAGCUUAGUAUCGUAUUAUGUUGCUUUAUUUUUAAUUCAAUUAAAUCAAUGUGAAUCAGAUAAAGAUCCUUUGAAUUUGAUUUCGCAUAGUACCGGAUCUUUGUUUUCUAAUUGUCUUACUGUUUUAAUUGAUAUAAUUCGUGAGUCACCUUCACGUUGUGGUUUACGUUUACGACAGGCCGCUGUUAUUGCACUAGGUGAAGUUUUGAGUUGUUCCACUUGUUUAUUAUUAUAUGCUUAUCGGAAAUCCAAUACAAUAUCUAUAGACACUCAAUCUAUUCAGUGGCAAACCGCUGUUCAUCAUUUAAUACGUCUUGUAACAACAACUUCUACCAUAAGUACUAGCAAUUUAGGAUCUAAUUCUGCUAAUAAUGAACCUACUUCAAUUUUGGACGCAUUUGACGGUACAGCUGUACGGAAUUUGGAGCCUGCUCUUGGUAGCCGUAAUUCCUUUGGAAGUGAGGAGAAUUCACAUACAACAGGGGCAGUUACUACAAAAAUUACAGAAUCACAUAUUCGUUUAAGUGCUUCAAAAUCUUUAGAUGCAUUUGUAACUGCAAUACAUGGUUGUCAACUUUAUGAUAUAUCUGUAAUAGGUUCACUCAGUGAAUCUAUAACAUCUUGUUUACAUUCUGUUACAACUGGAGAUAUUAUUAGUCGCUUAUGGUCACAGGGUAUUGUUGAUUCCAGUACUAAUCGAACUGGUGUUAAUCCUAUUCAGCAAGAACUGACCUUAUCAUGUGCAAGUACUUUAGCAGGAAUUAUACGUCUGAAUCCCAAUCUAUUUACUACUGGAUUAAUAGACAGAGUUGGUUCAUCAGCAUUUAUUGGGUUGCUUGAGCCUCCAGCGUCCGGAUUAGCUUGUCAACAAACAGAUUUGGUUGCUCGAUUGUUAUCAACUGCCGCUGCUGGUUUGUUAACACCUUUAUUUAUGAAACGUUCAAGUGUAACACUUCCUAAAGUUAAACGAGCACAGUCUGCAUCAUCUAAACUAUCACGUACAUCUGUAAGUAAUGCUGGAGGUGCUGGAACACCAGCUGCAUGCAAAAGAUUACUAUCUGAACAAAAAUUUAUAAAUACUAUUUUUCGUUAUUUAGAAAGCCCACAUGCUAUGAUACGUGCUAAAGCUUUUCUGAUUAGUUCUGCUAUAAUAGCUAAUUCACCACAAGAUACUCUAUCAGUUGCAUGCCAUUAUCGUUUGCCAACUUUGCUUGAACGUAAUUUAAAAGCAACUAGAACAUUACAUCAUAGGUAUAAUGAUGCAUUCGAUUACAGUUUAACGAAAUCUUCGAAUAUUUCAUCAUCAUCUGGUCAAAAUACUGAAUCACCUUGUACAGUAUAUUUGGCUGCAUGUGUGACUCAUAUGGCUGAUAUUUUAGUCUGUGAUAUUAUUCCAACCAUAUGUUACCAAAUUUUAUCAGCCGUUGGGUUAAUACCAAUACAUAAAAAUUCCAGUUCUACAAACCAAUUUGUCAGACAAACAUCAACUUCAUCAUCGAAUCGAAAAACCAGUCUUACAAAAUCCUCAACUGCAUACACUCGUCAAACAUUAUCAAAUGCAAAUAAUAAUGGCUCUUCUACGUUGAACAGUAACACGUCAUCGAAUCAAAUUAAUACACGUACAUUACUAACAGCUUUUGGUUGUCUUCCUCUGAUUUUAAGCGGAUGUGGUCCUAUACGCCUGAAACUAUUCUAUCCACAUGAUUUAAAAUCAUCCGGUCAAUUAAAUAAUAAAGAAUGUCAUAGUACUACUAAUUUUAGUGCCUCAGGUGCUGUCACCUCCUCUUCCUCUUCCUCUGGUGGUAUUCCUACUUCAACAACCGUCUCAGGAUUUUGUGUACUAUCAUUCGCUAGCCGUCUGCUAGAACAUUGGACAUCAGCAGAUCCUGUCAGUGUAGCUGCUGGACUAUUUUCAAUUCAUCAUACGGGAAGUUUCGAGAAUGAAAUUUUAAGCAUCGUUCUAACAAUCAUUGAAGAUAUUAGUCAACAGACGAAUUUAGUGGAAAAACGCAAGCAAGAUCUAAUCUGUCUUAUUCUACCUGGAUUAGCACGUUUAGCUGUUUGUUCGAAUACAAAGCCUGAAGUAAGAUCUAUAUGUGUAAAAAUUAUCACCAAUUUGGCAUCAGUGUUUCUCGGUGAAUCCGACAUGGCCGAUUCAACAGCUAGUCUAGUUGAGCUUGAACGCGCCUAUUCAGUCACAUCAAUCGGACAUGAAGAUCCUCAGCCAUCUAUUCAAUUAAGAAAAUAUGAUAGAACAUCUUCAGCUGUCUAUGACAGACCAGUUAGCGCAGAUGCAGAUGUUCUGUUGGGUGGAAUGUCUAAGACCAAGAAAACAGAUAGAACGCAAAACUUCUCAAAUUUGAAUCAUGUUAUGUCAUCACGGAUGACUACUUCACAGUACACUCUUGGAUGUGAUCCAGGAAGUAAAUCACGUGGUUCCAAUGGAAAUAAAAGUACCGGUGUUCUUUCCAAUCAAACUCGAGUGAAAAAUAAUCGAAUCGAUCCUAGCCAGAACCCUGAUAAUAUUGGUAGUGCUAUCCAACCACCCUCUCCAGAUGUCCUUCUGGCUUUGUUUGAUUUAGUCAACAAACUUUUAGUUCCUUAUGGUAAUUCAGUCCUCACAUGUCCUGAGAUCACAGCUCCAACUGCAUUUCUACGCUUGUUAUGUUUAUUGUUAAAAUGUGCUUCUCAAGAUUGUUAUAUUUUAAAGUAUUCACUUUCAAAUAAUACAUUGAUCACACCAAAUUCACCUUAUUUUGAAAAUUCUUCAAAACAUAGAGACAGUUAUGAUUCUACUAGAGAGUUUAUUCAACAACUGAUAUCAGAUGAAACACAUUUGUUUAUUACAAACUUUUCUACUUAUGGUUUAGAUAUUUCUUUAGUACGUUUAUUAGCUUCACAACUUUUAUCAUCAACCUCAUCAUCGUCAAUGGCACUGUCAUCACAUGCUUCGUUAGUGUCACCAUUAUAUACUGGGAAUUUAGGUUAUUCAGAGAACAAAUCAGUACUGCAUUCAUCAUCACCUUCUGUGACAUCAAAUCUAUGCCUUACUUUAUUUGAAUUAAUACCUUUAUUGUUUCAUUGGUCCAAUCUAUGUAAACCAGAUUACUUGAUAAUAAAAUUACGUUUAUUAGAAUUAGUUACAAUUGCUUGUUUAGAAAUUGGACAAAUAUUAGUACCGGAGCCAAAUUCCAAUAGUGAUGAAAAACAAUCAGGAAAUUACUCAAAUAAAACUCAUUACAAUUCUGGAAAACAUUCAGCAGUAAAUCAUCGUAUCCCCAAACGUUAUAAAUCUCCAUUAAAUAAUCCGUCGACAAAAUCAGAAUGUAAUCAUUCAGUUCGUUUGUUGCCUGCAACAGAUAAUGUGUGUAUAUCAAUGCUUGCUGCAUUAGGAGCUAUGAAUGCACUCUUAAAUUAUGUUGCUGACGUUGUUCGUUUAGCAUUGGCUUCACGAGCUGCAAACUCUCCCGAUGCUAAAAAUACUGCCGUUGCUGCUGAAGAAAUUUUGAUUGCUGCUAGACCUCAUCCGAAAUUGGCUGGUUUACUUGCUCGUUUAAUUGGUUUAUGGAGACCACAUCAAUUGCCUACAAUUCAACCUAAUGUAUGCGAAUCUGAUUUACAUAAUUGGACACAUUUAAUAUCAGCAUCUAUUCAAGAGCAAAAUUAUGAAGAUGGAAUUUGUUUCCGUUUAUGUGAAGCUUCUAUCACUGCUCUUACUAAUUAUGCUUCAUUAUAUGGUGGUGAAUAUUCACGUAGUGCAUUGGUACCUUCAUCAACUGAUCCUUUAUCAUUAGGUUUAUUAAGAUUAGCUGAAGAAGAUCAACUACUUCAAAUCAAGUAUCAUGUAUCUAAGGAAACAUUGAAAAAUUCUUACGAUUCAUUUAAUUCUAAACGAAGUACAUAUUGCAGACGACGUAUGCGUCUUUUACUUCGAAUAAUAAGACGUUUAGUAUUUUCAGAUCCUGUUUGUCGUUCUCGAUUUGAUUCUACUAUGAAUUCAAUAAAAUGCAAUGCAAAUUUAUUCACUACACUAAAAUAUCUAUUAGUUAUAACACAACGUUCAGCGGAUGCUUCAACAAGUAAACUUUUGAAGGAAAUAAUUGAUCUUUUAUCACCUAAAGUAAAUCCGAAUCAUAAUAGAAAUGCUAUAAGUAGUGAUAGAAGUUAUCAUAGUCGUUCUAAAACUGUGCAACCAGAAUCUUCAUCGAACAGAAUUAUUUCGAAAGCUGUUGCUUAAUUAUAAGAUCUUGUCAUUACAUCUCAACUAAAUUGAUUCACGUAUGUGAGUACGCUCGCAUUAAUCUUAACUCUUCCCUGCUGUGUAUCAUUGAAGCUCAGAGAAACUAACGUGUCCUUCCAGUUGUAUAAGAGUUAUUAUUGUUUUAAUGUUCGCUGAUUUUUCUUCACAUUUUAUUUAUUUUUUAUUUUUGUCCUCUACUUGCCUUCAUUUUUUCUCAAGGGGACUUCUUUCCGAAAAACAAACCUAGUAAAACAACUAAAUUUUGUAAAUAUAUACAUAAAUGUGAGUAUUUCUGCGAAAAAAACCGUUUUUUGGAGCUGUAAACACUUAAAGGCAUGUGAAGAUACCCAUCAUCCCAAUACAUUGCUUCUAUAGGAAAUGUGCAACGUUCUGAAGUCAACAUGAUUUUUUAAAUAUUUGUAUAUGUUAUGUUGUAAAAAAUACACACAUCUGAAACAAUUUGUUUCGGUCGUUUCUAACUAUUUUAGAUUUUUCUUAUGCUUUUUUAUAUCUACACUAUGAAAAAGGUAUACAUGUAUUAAUCUGCAGUGCAUAAAUAAAACGCUAACUGUACGGGCGAAUUUUCGUACUGUUGUCAAUAAAUGUCAUUCUAUUCACUUGC